AUGAGACGCUCCUCGACCGUCUGCGCGCUCGGCGUACUUUGCCGGUCUGCAGUCGCCAUUCUCGUCGCCACGGAUUCGCCAUGCGGGACCAAGUGCGGCAAUGUUCUCAGUUCAACGUCAACUUCGGAUCUUGUUUGUAAAGACACAGACUACUCUACAUCAACCGGUGUGGUCUGGCAAUUAUGUCUUAAUUGUGAAUCGACCAGCUCGUAUUAUACGCAGACUGGUGCAACAAACUAUACGGAUUUGCAGUCAAUGCUCUACAAUAUACGCUUUGCUACCUCUAGCUGUGUCUUCGGCAACAGCAGUGUUUCUCUUGGUAGCAAUCCAUGUACUACCAGUCAUGCCUGCGGGCCGCUACAGGACGCCCUCCAGUACGAGGGGCUCGCCUCAAACGUUACAGCGUAUGGAUAUUGCAGUUACUGGAGCGCUGACCAGGUGGACGACUGCAACAGCUGCUUGAGUGCUAUGGAAUACGGCCAUCAGUUCAUGAAUUAUGUUAAUAUCCUCGAUGGCGCCUGUAAGAUGCAGCCGGCAGAUGGCUCAACUUUGGCCAUCAACGGCAACAUAUUCUCGACUGAUACUGUCUCGGUCACCACACCAACUCCCACGGCAGCAGUCUCGUCUUCGGGACCAUCUGGCCCUCUCAGUCUUGGAGGAAUCGUCGGUGUAGCCAUUGGUGGGGUGGCUUUUAUUCUUGCUGUGCUGGGCUUCUGUAUCGUGAUGAAUGGCAAGCGCAAGAGGCGAGCCUUUCUACGCCGGAGAGACGAGCAGAUGAGGCAGUGGCCGAAUCCGGGUGGCACGGGCGAAAUGUUGUUCGAGACACCUAUCAGCCAACGGCCGCUACGUAGUUGGGAUGAGUCGCCCAUCAGCACGACAAACGACGCUGCCUAUCCUCGAUACUUCUCACCGUAUAGCUCGCAGUUCAACAGUCCAGUCAGUGCCGUCGACGGGCACAAUCAGCAGUGGCCGAGCGCCGCCGCUGCAACCGCCUCACAGAACAUUGGUGUUGCCAUCAGCCCCGAUGGCAAUCAGUCUCAUUACUCAUGGUCUGACAAGAAGGGCAAAGACAGGCUGCAAGAGAGUGAAAACUAUGAAAUGCAAGAGGGAAUACACAGUGGGGGAGGUAUGAACGAAUUCUAUACACCCCCGGCGCCGCCACCGCAGGCUCCCGUCCUCAGUCAUCCAGGCUAUGGGAGACACGGUCCCGAGCUACCUCGGUCAUUGACUGAAGAGGACUUUCGUUCGGGAAGGGCAAUGUAG